CCUAGCCUUCUCCAUCUCUCUCUAAAACACCAAACCCCAUUUCUCUCUCCCUCGCUCUCUCUCGCUCUCUCUCUAAAACACCAAACCCCCAUCUCUCUCUCUACACCAUGAACCGUCGAUCUAGAACUCUGCAUCGCCGGUCCUCUCAGAACCGGUCGACCGAGCCGUUCCUCAAAUACCUAAAGCCCGGCGCGCUCGCCCAAAUCCGAGACUCGAGAAUCAGCAGCGCCAGAUCACACCGUCUCAACUGGCUUUCUCAGAUCUGUACGUCGCCGCCUUCUUCUCCGGCGAACGACGCUGGUCUUCCACAGGUCAACGCCAUCGACGGCUUUCCUUGCUUCUCCGGUCGGAUCUAUGGCCCCAGAUGCCCCCAGAGAAAGAAACUCGCGGCGUCCAAGUCCGUUCUGUUCCUCAACCCCUCGAGCCCGGUUCACGACUCUCCCGAUCCGAUAAUUGAUGUGUUUAGUACGGACAUUCUUGCUGCACAUUGAAUGAAAAUUGAUAGAAUGUUCUCUUGAACCUUGUUGUAGAUUAGUUUUUAUUUGUAGUUUAUGGUGGUACUUUGGUAGAGAAUUGUUUACAUACAGUUGAGAUUAUUAAUAAAAUUUACCGAAAAGUUCCAUAACAGA